AUGUCUGCUACCAACGGUGUCAACGGCAACGGCAUUGCCAGCCGCACGCACUACAACGAGGGCAACUUCCUCUUCACCUCCGAGUCUGUUGGUGAGGGUCACCCCGACAAGAUCGCCGAUCAGGUCUCCGAUGCCAUUCUCGACGCCUGCCUGAGAGAGGACCCCCUCUCCAAGGUCGCUUGCGAGACCGCCACCAAGACUGGCAUGAUCAUGGUCUUCGGUGAGAUCACCACCAAGGCCAAGCUCGACUACCAGAAGGUCGUCCGUGACGCCGUCAAGGACAUCGGCUACGAUGACUCCGCCAAGGGUUUCGACUACAAGACCCUUAACCUGCUCGUCGCCAUUGAGCAGCAGUCCCCCGAUAUCGCCCAGGGUCUCCACUACGAGAAGGCCCUCGAGCAGCUCGGUGCCGGUGACCAGGGUAUCAUGUUUGGAUACGCCACCGACGAGACCCCUGAGCUCUUCCCCCUCACCCUCCUCUUCGCCCACAAGCUCAACGCUGCCAUGUCCGCUGCCCGCCGUGACGGUACCCUCCCCUGGCUCCGCCCCGACACCAAGACGCAGGUCACCAUCGAGUACAAGCACGACAACGGUGCCGUUGUUCCCCUGCGCGUCGACACCAUUGUCGUCUCUGCCCAGCACGCUGAGGACAUCACCACUGAGCAGCUCCGCAAGGAGAUCAAGGAGAAGAUCAUCAAGAAGGUCAUCCCCGAGAAGUACCUUGACGACAAGACCGUCUACCACAUCCAACCCUCCGGCCUCUUCAUCAUUGGUGGCCCCCAGGGUGACGCCGGUCUGACCGGUCGCAAGAUCAUUGUCGACACCUACGGUGGAUGGGGUGCCCACGGCGGUGGUGCCUUCUCCGGCAAGGAUUUCUCCAAGGUCGAUCGUUCCGCUGCCUACGUCGGUCGCUGGAUCGCCAAGUCCCUGGUCAACGCUGGCCUCGCCCGUCGUGCCCUUGUCCAGCUCUCCUACGCCAUUGGUGUCGCUGAGCCCCUUUCCAUCUACGUCGACACCUACGGCACCUCCGACAAGACCUCCGACGAGCUCGUCAAGAUCAUCCGUGACAACUUUGACCUCCGCCCCGGUGUCAUUGUCCGCGAGCUCAGCCUGGACCGCCCCAUCUACCUCCAGACCGCCAAGAAUGGUCACUUCGGUACCAACCAGACCUUCACCUGGGAGCAGCCUAAGACUCUCAAGUUCUAA